AAAUACACAACAAUAAUUGACCGUUGAUCAGUUCAAAUGCAGUAUUAAACCGCGGUCGCGUUUUUAAAGGUUUGCUCAGUCGGCUGUAAAAUUCCGACGUGAUCGAACGUCGUUCCCGCAGCGGCGAUAAUAAUAUAAUAGAUCGCGUCGUUUGCCGAGUCGAGUUCAGAUCGCAUAUUUUUACUAUUAUACUCGUAUAAUAUACUAUCACACACUAUCGUGUGUACAGCUUUUGUUCGCUGUAACGAAACGCGUUCCUAGUACAUAUUAUACGCAGUCUGACGACGAUGCGUUUUGUGGCGGCGAUGUUACCGUCAUCGCUGUUGGCCGCGUUCCUCUGCUCGUUGGUUUCCUGCAGCCGGUCGGCCGCAGCAGUGGCGUCCGACCGCGGCAGUAGCAACGGGGCCCUGUACCUGACGCCCCUGAUACAGGCGGGCCGGAUCGACGAGGCACGAGCCGCGUCCAAGGUGAAACCCCUGAAGGCGGCCAUCGAGAGCUACUCCGGUUACCUGACCGUGGACGAGGCGCACGGUUCCAACAUGUUCUUCUGGUUCUUCCCGGCCAUGAACGGCGCCCAAAACGCGCCCGUCAUGCUGUGGCUGCAAGGCGGCCCGGGCGCGUCCAGCUUGUACGCCGUGUUCGACGAACACGGCCCGUUCUCGGUGGCCAAGACCCACGGGCUCAAGCUGCGCAACCACACGUGGGUGGCCACCCACUCGAUGCUGUACCUGGACAACCCGGUGGGCACGGGGUACAGCUUCACCGGCGACGAAGAUGGUUACAGCGCCAACCAGACGUCCGUCGGUCUCAACGCGUACGACGCCCUGGUGCAGUUCUUCACGCUGUUCCACGAGUACCAGCAAAACGAUUUCUACGUGACCGGCGAGUCGUACGCGGGUAAGUACGUGCCAGCUGUGUCGUACGCCAUCCACCUGAAUAACCCCGGGGCAAAAGUCAAGAUUAACCUCAAAGGACUGGCUAUCGGCAACGGUUUGGUCGACCCCAUCAACCAGUUGAUAUACAGUGAAUACCUGUACCAGCACGGGUUCAUCGACGAGUACGGAAAGCAAGAGAUGGAUAAACUGGAAAACCUAGCCCGCGCCCAAAUCCUUAGCCAUGACUUCCAAGGCGCUUUCAAGACGUUCGACAUGCUGUUAAACGGCGACAUCUAUCCGUACCCGUCGCUGUUCAAGAACUUAACCGGCAUGCAGUACUACUUCAACAUGUUGUGGGACCGGGACCCGGAGCCGUACGGUGACUGGGAGAAGUACGUGCAAGAGCCGUUCAUGCGGGAAGCGCUGCACGUGGGCCAACAGCCUUUCAACAACGGUACAGCGGUCGAACACCACCUUUCGGAGGACGUAAUGCAGUCGGUGGCCCCGUGGCUCGCCGCCCUACUGGACGCCGGCCAGUACCGCGUGCUGUUGUACUCAGGACAGCUGGACAUCAUCGUGCCGUAUCGCGGCACGAUGAACAUGGUCAAGUCGCUGAAGUGGUCGGGCUCGGAUCGGUUACAGAACGCGACGCGGACCAUUUGGCGAGUGGGCCACGAAAACGCGACGUUCGUGGCCGGAUACGCAACCACGGUCGAUCCGCUGACCGUGUUGCUGGUCAGGGACGCCGGUCACAUGGUGCCGGGGGACCAGCCGAUCUGGGGCCUGGACAUGAUCAACCGGUUCACGGCCGGCAAACCGUUUUAAUACCGGACCACAGGUCUGAUGGAGUUUCGUGACAACAUCGCAAUAUAUGUAUAAUUAUUUCAUGUUGCCGUGCGAUGAUUACUGGUUACACGUUUGAUAUUUUAAUCGUCGAAGCGAAUUAUUAUGAUAUCACAAUUUGAAAUAGGCAUCAUAGCUAUUAGCUACAACCGAUGAAAAAUAAAUAUAUCAUAAUCAUUUAUAGCCGUUGAUGUCGGAUAUCGAUUGAUUAUUAUAAUACAUAAUUAACGUGUUUGUAUCCGAUCUACAUAUUUAUCGAUAAUAAUAAUAAUAAUAAUAAAUAUUUAAUAAAACUUAUAAAACUAUGUUUA